GUCGACUAACGUGCCAGCUUAUUGGCCAGCGCUGGCAGGCUGCGAUCUAGGAUCCGAGGGCUGUGUCAGGCAGCCCGGCAGCCAUGGCGUCUUAUUUCGAUGAACACGACUGUGAGCUGUCGGACCAUGAACACGAGACAGGAUUCAAUAUGCUGCUGCAGCUCGCAAGAUCACUGUCCAAUAUGAUGGAUUUUCAAGACCUGGGAUUGGUAGUAGAUUGGGAUCACCAACUGCCUCCCCCUGCUGCCAAAGCUGUGGUUGAAAACCUCCCCAGGACAGUUAUCAGCAGCUCUCAGGCUGAUCUCAAGUGCCCAGUGUGUCUUUUGGAAUUUGAGGAGGAGGAGACCGUCAUUGAGAUGCCUUGCCAUCACCUGUUCCACUCCAACUGCAUCCUGCCCUGGCUUAGCAAGACCAAUUCCUGUCCCCUGUGCCGCCACGAACUGCCUACUGAUGAUGACGCUUAUGAGGAACACAGACGCGAUAAGUGAUUACGGUGAGGCAAGCACCUUGGCACUGUGGAUGCUUAGGGGAUGAAGACCCUGUGACCUAGUCCUGUGACAGCCAUCCCACUCCCUCCCCCAUGAGUCUUAAAACUGGCCCUGCCCAGUGUUCUCUCCUUUAGGCUCGAAAGCAGCAGCAGCAGCACCGACUGGAGAACCUCCAUGGGGCCAUGUACAUGUGAGAUGGCAAGAGCUGAGUGCUCAUCCUCACAUCUCUCUUGCACUUUGAAUCCUUAUUAAAGGUUUCUUUACCCA